UGUUUGUUUUCUGAUGUCAUUGACAUUUUAAAAAUGGGUUUGUUUAUUUUAAAAAAGGUUUCUGAAGACUCCCACACCCUACAAUGAAACCUGCUUUUACAACAAUGUACAUUGAGGAAAUCUCUGAUCACUUUCAAUACAUCAAAAGGCUGGGCAAAGGCACUUUUGGUAAAGUCCUACUUGUUCAGGACAAGGCCACAGGCAACCCAGUGGCCAUGAAAUUGAUGAAGAAAGACAAGAUCCAGUUGCAAGCCUUUCUAAAGGAGCUAUCCUAUUCCAUCUUUCUAUCCAACCACCCUGGCAUCAUAGCCACCCACCCAAUCUUCAUAGACACCCUGAACAACUACAUUAUGACCCAGGAGCUGGCUACAGCUGGGACCCUACAUCAACUCAUUGAGCAUGAGGUAGGAAUUCCAGAAAUAAUGGCAAAACGCUGUGCAGCACAGGUGGCUAGGGCUCUGGAUUACAUGCAUAGCCGAAGAUUGGUGCACCGAGACCUUAAGCCGGACAACGUCUUGCUUAUGGACAAGGAAUGCCACAGUGUCAAAUUGUGUGACUUUGGCCUAUCUCGGCCUAUUGGCAGUAUUGUGACUUCAUUGUCACACAUCAUCCCAUCUCUGUGCCCAGACCAGUGUGCGAUGAAAAGCGAUGAGUAUUUGGUUGUGACAACAAGCAUAGAUUCCUGGGCCUUUGCAGUUCUUAUUUAUGUUGCUCUAAUGGGAGACUAUCCCUGGGAAGGUGCUGUGGAGGAGGAUGAGAUGUAUCAGGCCUUUCACAGCUGGCAGAAAAGUGGCAAUGACAUUUCUCCACCAGCUCGCUGGAAGAAGUUGACAAAAGAGGCACUGAACAUGUUAAACAAAUUGCUUUCUGAGGACCCUAACUCUCGAUACUCUGUUCUUUCCGUCUCACACUGUAUUCGUUAUGCAUGGAGAAUUGAAGAAUUCUCUGAGGAGGAAAUGACAGAGGAGGAAAACACAGAGGAUGAAUCCACAGAGGAAGAGGAUGAAGGCAUGGAAGAGUCUGAUCUUUUUACAAUGCAGGCCCAGGAAUCUACAUGACCAUCUGCACAUCUUGGCAUUGGCAUAUUGUAUCACUUUAUUCUUAACUACAUUUGCAGUGGUUUUUUUUUAAGUUUUAAUUUCCCUCUUACUUCCAGAACAGGCCCGGAGCAAAAGGGAACCUAGGAGAAGGGCCCGCAUGACUAGGGGGACAGCUGUGUAGGUGGCACAGGCAAAUUCCUGUAAAAGAAGUGGGACAGGUCAAGGAGUGGGGGCUUAUGGUCAGUGGGGGCAGA